AUGACGUAAAUUAAGAAAAUUGGACAUAUUUAGAUAAUAAAUUAGACUAAAAGCUUUGAGCUAGUCUCUUAAUUAAACUCAAAUUGGAGCAUUUAUGAGUUAAUUAUUAUUUAGCAUCUUUAUUAAUUCUGGUAUUGUAAUAAAUUGUAAUUGAAUUGUAGUUUAUUUAUUCUUGAAAUGAAAAAAGGAAAAAAUGCAAUAUUUAAUUCUUAAGAUGCUGUCAUUCAAAAUAAUGAAGUAAUUUCUUGUCAUUUUUAUGAUUUAGGGUUUCAGCUUUCAUUCUACUGAACUGAUUUUUUCAGCAGGAUUGCUUGAUAUUCUGGCUCAACACAUUCCCAAUGAUGUCAACAGAAUUUUUAAGUUUGGAUUUUAUGUGUGCUAUAAAUCAUUGAAUUGA